AUGCGGUUGAUUUCGAAGGAGGAGGAGGAGGAGGUGGUGGAGGAGAAUGGUUCAGCAGUGCUCUUACCUCGCCGGAGGUUCUAUGUUGCCGAAGUUCUCCUUGCAUUGGAGUAUCUACACAUGCUUGGGGUUAUAUACCGAGAUCUUAAACCAGAAAACAUUAUGGUUCGAGGAGAUGGUCAUAUCAUGCUCUUAGAUUUCAAUUUGUCAUUGAGAUAUGCAAUGAAUCCUACUCUUCUUACAUCCUCAUCAUCAAUCGUGGAGCCCACAAAAAACUUUUCAGGUCUAUGUGCAGAAUCCCCUUCUAUAUCUCCGGCCAUCCUUGGCACAAGUUUCAUGCUUUUCACCGAGGCUACUUGUGGUAGAGCCAACCACUGCUCGGUCCGUCCAACUCCUUUGUUGGGACCACUCACCCAUGAGUACUUAACUCCUGAGAUCAUCAAAGGAGAGGGUCAUGGGAGUGUUGUGGAUUGGUGGACAUUUGAGAUCUUUCUUUACAAGCUCUUAUUUGGUAAAACACCUUUCAAGGGCUUGGGAAAUGAGGAGACCUUAGCGAAUGUGGUGAUAUAG